AUGAAGGCGAGCCCCGUGGCGAGCGCCGCGGCGGCGGCGGGGCCGGGGCAGGCGGCGGGGGACCCGCGGGGGCGCCGCGGGCCCGAUGCGCGCUGGCGGGAGAAGGGCGAAGCGGAGGCGGAGCGGCAGCGCACCCGGGAGCGGCUGGAGGCCACGCUGGCCGGGCUGGGCGAGCUGGAGUACCUGCGGCAGCGGCAGGAGCUGCUGGUGAAGAGCCUCCUGCUGCGGCGGCCGGCGGGAGCGGGGCCCGGGGCGCAGGGCGGCCGCGGAGAGCCGCCGGGAGAGGGGCCGCCGCCGCGCAGCCUGGAGGAGAAGUUCCUGGAGGAGAACAUCCUCCUCCUGCGGAGGCAGCUGAACUGCUUGAGGAGGAGGGAUGCUGGGUUAUUAAAUCAGUUGCAAGAGCUGGAUAAGCAAAUAAGUGAUCUCCGCCUGGACGUGGAGAAAACGACAGAUGAACACCUGGAGACAGACAGUCGUCCAAGUUCAGGGUUUUAUGAGCUGAGUGAUGGAGCUUCUGGAUCGCUUUCCAAUUCAUCUAACUCUGUCUUCAGUGAGUGUUUAUCCAGUUGCCAUUCUAGCACUUGCUUUUGCAGCCCUUUGGAGGCAACACUGAAUAUCUCAGAUGGACGCCCUAAAUCUGCAGAUCUCAUAGGCUGGAUGGACUAUAAUAAGGAAGGCCAGCAUGAGGACCAGACCGCAGGCUCUGUCUGUCGCUCUUUAUCCACACCGCACUCAAAUUCCCUCGAUGUCGUUGCAGAUGUUCAUCCCAAGUACCAGUGCGAUCUGGUGUCUAAAAACGGGAACGACAUCUACCGCUACCCCAGCCCGCUCCACGCUGUGGCUGUGCAGAGCCCCAUGUUCCUCCUCCCCAUGACUGAGAACCCCCAGCGAGAAGAGGAGAGGCUCGCUUGCGAUCUGAGCGACGUUUGCACCCCAUCCGAAACGGACUCAGGACAAUCCGCCAGCGCCUUCCCCCCGCAGAGCUCCUGGCCGGCUCCGUGCCCUUCCACCAGCAAGAGGAUAGACAGCUACAUCUUAAGCCUGGUUCAGAAAAAGACUCACGCAGUAAGGACUAACAAACCCCGGACGAGUCUCAACGCCGAUGCCACCAAAGGGAUCUUGAGGCAUGGGAGCAUGUGCGUCCGGCAGCCGGCAGCAAUGGUGGCCCACGGCAACGUGGUGAACCUGAAGAGCUCCAAGCCAGUGUGUUUGCCUCCCGGUGGGGCUCCCGCUCCGGACCACACGGCUCCCUCCCCGUUAAAGCAGAGGCCAAGGGAGCCCACUGGGGAGCAGCUGGAGAGCAGGAAGGCCCCUUUGCCAGCAGCUUUCCCACCUGGCACAACAACGGAGCUCCAGAGCAAGCACCUGCCACGGGGCGCCAAACCGGCACCGCCGGAGCUGGGCCGCAACACCGCGGGCACGGCCGGGGAUGGCCCCAAGGAGAACGGCCAGCUCUUUGCUGCAUCUCCCAAAGACACCCCAGGGAAGCCGGUGGUGCUGCAGCCAGAGAACAGGGUCAGCCAGCCUCCCAAAAAGAUCCUGUUGAAGAGCAGCUUGCAGGCCGCUCGCUCCUCGUCACCAGCUGUGGAGGAGAGGCCUGCGCUGGAUUUCAAAAGCGAGGGCUCUUCCUCACAGAGCCUGGAUGAUGGGCUGCUGGUGAACGCCCAGUACAUCCCGGCCCAGCAGCAAAGCAUGAAGCUUCACAAAGGCACCCGCAACGUCAAGAUUUUGAAAAGCUCUGCGUUGAAACACCGGUCCCACCUUGCCAACGGGGUGGAAAACAGCUCACAGACCUUGAGGGAGAAAGCCAAACUGGUCGGCAAGAAGUGCCGCUUCCCUGAGGAGUUGGAUACAAAUAAGAAACUGAAAAAGCCCUCGUCGCGGGGGAAGAGAGGCGGUGGCCUGCCGCUGGAGCCGAGCCUCCCGGGCCGGCAGGCUGGCCUGCACAGAUCUGCCCUCCGCUCCCAUGGGCACGGCCGGGAGGUCGUGGUGGCCAAGCCCAAGCACAAGCGUGCCGACUACCGCCGCUGGAAGUCCUCGGCAGAGAUCUCCUAUGAGGAGGCCCUGCGGAGGGCGAGGAGGAACCGGCGGGAGGGCGUGGGGGUCUACUCACAGGUGCCCCUGCCCUACGUCAGCCCCUACGCCUACGUGGCCAGCGACUCGGAGUACUCGGCCGAGUGCGAGUCCUUGUUCCACUCCACCGUGGUGGACACAAGUGAGGACGAGCAGAGCAACUACACCACGAACUGCUUUGGAGACAGCGAGUCAAGCCUGAGCGAGGUGGAGUUUGUAGGGGAAAGCACGACCACCAGCGACUCUGAUGAGAGCGGGGGCCUGAUUUGGUCCCAGUUUGUCCAGACGCUCCCCAUCCAAACAGUCACAGCGCCGGAGCUGCAUGAAAAUGCAGCCAAGGCCUUUGUCAAAAUCAAAGCCUCCCAUAACCUCAAGAAGAAGAUCCUCCGCUUUCGGUCAGGCUCCCUCAAGCUCAUGACGACCGUCUAGUGAGGUGACUUGGUGGAAUGUAUCUGCUUCUGCUUUUGGAAGCAAGGUGCUUUUUUUUUGUACAUAUUUCAACAGAUUUUUUUUUUUAAUACAAAUAUUUAAAACUUAAGGUAAAUUAUGUCACUUGUCUUCAGAACUUGGGUGGAUACUAGUGCCUUUUAUGUGGAAAUAAAAGACCGUUACACUUGUU